AUGGCUGUCGCGUCCUCCUCGGACGUUGCAAUACUCGCACUAGGCGUGGUCCUAGCUGCUGCGUAUCUUUUUCGUGAUUCAAUAUUCUCUUCUUCGACGUCCAAAGCUGUCCCGGUUGCUCCCUCGAAACUUGCGAAUGGCCAUGGAAACCCCCGAGAUUUUAUUGCUAAAAUGAAGGAAGGGAAAAAACGUCUCAUCAUAUUCUAUGGUUCGCAAACUGGUACUGCCGAGGAAUAUGCAAUCCGCAUUGCUAAAGAGGCAAAAACCAAGUUCGGACUCGCAUCCCUCGUCUGCGACCCCGAGGAAUACGACUUUGAGAAUCUAGAUCAGAUCGCCGAGGAUAGUUGUGUCAUUUUUGUCAUGGCUACCUAUGGCGAGGGUGAACCCACCGAUAACGCAGUCCAGCUCAUGGAAAGUUUGACCGAUUCUGCAUUUGAGUUCAGUAACGGUCAACAUAGACUCGAGGGACUCAAAUAUGUCGUUUUUGGUUUGGGUAACAGGACUUACGAACACUAUAAUGCCAUAGCACGUCAGGUAGAUGCCGAACUCGAGAAAAUGGGUGCAGUCAGGGUCGGCGAGCGUGGCGAGGGAGAUGACGAUAAGAGCAUGGAAGAGGACUACCUAGAGUGGAAGGACACUUUUUGGCCUGCAUUCGCUGAAGCUUUGGGUGUAGAAGAGGGUCAAGGUGGUGAUACCCCAGAUUUCGCUGUUACCGAAUUAGAAUCCCACCCUCCGGAAAAAGUUUAUCUUGGUAAGGAGCCGCUGUCCAUUUUUGUACGCCUCUUAUUUUGGUCUGCAGGCGAACUUUCUGCACGUGCCCUUACAAAGACUAAAGGCAUCCAUGAUGCUAAGAACCCGUACGCCUCUUCGGUCAAGGUGUCUCGCGAACUUUUCCAGGUUGGUGGAGAUCGUAACUGCGUCCAUGUCGAGCUUGACAUCGAAGGUUCUGGGAUCACGUACCAACACGGCGAUCACGUCGGUGUCUGGCCUCUCAACCCUGACGCUGAGGUCGACCGUCUCCUUUGUGCACUUGGACUCUACUCCAAGAAAGAUACUGUUAUAAACGUCGAUUCGCUCGACCCUGCUCUUGCAAAGGUUCCAUUCCCCGUCCCUUCAACCUAUAUCAGCGUCCUCCGCCAUUAUAUCGAUAUCAGUGCUGUCGCUGGUCGUCAGAUCCUCGGUGUUCUUGCCAAGUUUGCGCCCUCUCCUGAGGCCGACGCGUUCAUGCGUAACCUUAACUCAAAUAAGGAGGAGUAUGCAAUUGUUGUUACGAAUGGAUGUUUAAAGCUUGGCGAGGUCCUUCAACUGGCUGCAGGCAAUGACAUCAGUGCCCACCCUACGCCCCAGAACACCACUGCCUGGGCCAUUCCCUUUGAUAUCGUCAUUUCAUCGAUCCCUCGUUUGCAACCUCGCUAUUACUCUAUCUCGAGCAGCCCCAAGCUUAACCCUACUUCUGUGCACGUGACGGCUGUUGUUCUCAAAUACGAGUCCAUUGCCAACAAGCUUGUUACUCCUCGUUGGGUACAUGGUGUUGGCUCAAAUUUCUUGCUCAAUAUCAAACACGCCGCUAAUGGUGAGACCCCUGCCGCUAGCGAGGGGCUUGAACACGUAUCGUUGCCGGCGUAUGCCAUCGAGGGUCCCCGCGGGGCACACAGGGCUGAGGAUGUUUACAAGAUUCCUGUCCAUGUUCGCCGUUCGACGUUCAGGCUACCGACAAACCCCAAGAGCCCUGUCAUCAUGGUUGGACCUGGUACCGGUGUUGCGCCUUUCCGAGGGUUCGUCCAAGAACGUGUUGCUCUUGCCCGCCGAACACUUGAGAAAAAUGGUGAUGAUGCUCUGGCAGACUGGGGUCAAAUCUCACUCUUCUACGGUUGCCGUAAGUCAACGGAAGACUUCCUCUACAAAGACGAGUGGCCACAAUACACUGCCGAGCUAAAGGGCAAAUUCACGAUGCACUGCGCAUUUUCGCGGGAGCCGCCGUACAAGUCCGACGGUAGCAAGAUUUACGUGCAGGAUCUCAUUUGGGACGACCGGAAGAAUGUCGCUGACGCUAUCUUGAAUGGGAAGGGAUAUGUAUACAUAUGUGGUGACGCUAAAGCGAUGAGUAAGGCAGUAGAGGAAGUUCUAGCACGAAUUUUGGGCGAAGCGAAGGGUGGGAGUGAGGCAGAUGGUGCGGCCGAGGUCAAGCUAAUGAAGGAACGCUCACGGUUAAUGCUGGAUGUCUGGAGCUAG